CUGGACAGUCUUACGGUAGCUCAAUUACGUGCAAUAAUUGAAGAACAGCUGGCUUGUACUGUAAAAAGUGGUACGAAGAAAGCCGAAUUGGUGGCAAUGUUGAAGAAAUACUAUGGUGUCUGA